CCAUAACUUAUACUUAUCAUCUUCAGCUUCGUUUUGAAGUUGGAAGAAUGAGCACGGAACUUGGCUCCGGCAAGUCAAUGGCAAGCGCAAGCGUUGGCGAAGAAGAACAUAAUAAUAAUAAUAAACUGAUUCUGUAUUCAUAUUGGAGGAGUUCAUGUUCCUUCCGACUCCGAAUUGCUCUUAACGUCAAAGGGCUCGAAUAUGAGUACAAAGCUGUCAAUCUGUUGAAAGGAGAACAAUCUCAUCCUGAGUUUCUCCAGCUCAACCCUAUUGGUUUUGUUCCUGUUCUCGUCGAUGGUCCUGCUGUAAUUUUUGACUCUUUCGCCAUUAUUAUGUAUUUGGAGGAUAAGUAUCCUCAACAUCCUUUGCUACCCACUGAUAUUCACAAAAGAGCUAUCAAUUUUCAGGUGGUUACUAUUGCAUUAUUUUCUCCAAAGUUUGAAUAACCAGGCCACGUAGAU